CACGGAAGCUGAUGUAGCAGGAGUGAACAUGCAGUUCUCACUGUGGAGACAUAGAGGCGUUGCUGUAGGCAUGACGGUGUAAAAGUCUUCAAGCCAACGAACUGAGCGAUGCAGCAGACCUCUGGUCUCCUGGAGGUCUGCUCCAGAUACAUGUGGUGCAUUUGACCUGCGCAUUACAAUGUAGAACAUAUGCUUAUAUUAUUAUUGUAACUUCUAUCAAAAUAUUAAAAGCACACAUUUCCUGAAAAUUCCAUAUGGAAAUUUGAAAUAUGACUAUACACGUUUACAUAUAUUUUGACUCAAUAUCUGUUUUUCACAUAUAUCGUGAAGAUAUUUGAAUAAUGUCACAUAUAUAUUUAAAAAUCGACACAUUCCAUAGUAUAGGUACAGUGUGAAUAGAAACUUCAGUACCCUACAGGGAUAUUGAAGGGUCAAAUGGAAAUUGAAUUAAUAAUUGAAAAUAUAAUUUUAUCAUUAUCAGAAAUAUAUUUUUAUUACAGUACACAGUAGAGGGAAACAGGUAUGCAAAAGUAAUACACUUGUUUAAUUACAAAAUUACAUAUUUGUCUAACUUAAUCUUUGUUUGUUUUAAAGGGUUUUAGCGACACCUUGUGUUUAAACAGGAAACUGCGCUCUUUAUUUGGAAGGGAGCAGGGAGGGCUUGCAAACUGCAGUUGCAGAAACCGUAGAAGUUGAGAUUCACAAAUGGCGGCGCAGGAGGAAUUCUUCGGGGGCAUACCCAAGAUCCCAUACUCACCCAAUGCUGGGCCUGGAGAUGUCCUGCGCUUCAAACACUACAAUGCAGAGGAGGUGCUGAUGGGGAGGAAGAUGGAGGACUGGCUGAGGUUCUCCGUCUGCUACUGGCACACCUUCUGUGGCACUGGAGCUGAUCCUUUUGGGUCUCCGACCCUCCACCAGCCCUGGAAUGAAGGAACUCCGAUGGACUCAGCCAAGAAGCGACUCCGGGCCGCUUUUGAGUUUUUCACCAAGCUUGGCGUGAAAUACUACACAUUUCAUGACAGGGAUAUGGCUCCUGAGGGCUCCACCCUGGAGGAGUCCAACAGGAACCUGGAGGAAAUAACAGAUCUGGCUCUCCAGCUGCAGAGCCAGACUGGAAUCAAGGUGCUGUGGGCCACCUGCAACCUCUUUGUCCACCAAAGGUACAUGAAUGGUGCAGCCACCAACCCAGACUGUCACGUUCUGGCCUACGCUGGCGCUCAGCUUAAGAAGGGGCUCGAUACCGCCAAGAAGCUGGGUGCAGAAAAUUUCGUGUUUUGCGGAGCAAGGGAGGGUUUCUUCUCCGUCCAUAACACGGACGUUGCUGCUGAACUGAAGCACAUGGCCAACUUCUUCAAAAUGGCCAUCAAGUACAAAGAGAAGAUUGGGUUGAAGUGUCAGUUUCUCAUCGAGCCCAAGCCUAAGGAGCCCUGCAAACACCAGUAUGACUAUGAUGCUAUGAGUGUCAUCGGAUUCCUUCAGCAUUACGGUCUGAAGAGUCACUUCAAGUUGAACAUUGAGCCCAACCACACCACUCUGGCAGGACACUCCUACGAACAUGACGUUGUCAUGGCGUCUGCGUUUGGGAUGCUGGGUUCAGUUGACUCCAACACUGGCUCUACUGACCUGGGCUGGGACACAGACCAGUUCCCCAUGGACAUCAGGAACACCACCGUGGUCAUGAAGGUCAUCGUUGAACAAGGUGGUCUGCAGCCAGGAGGCCUGAACUUUGAUGCUAAGGUGCGCCGGGAGUCCACAGACCUGGAGGACCUGUUCAUCGCUCACAUCGGAGCCAUGGACACCUUUGCCAGAGGACUCAGAAAUGCUGUUCGCAUUAUUAAGGACGGGCUCAUCGCUGGUAUGGUGAAGGAGCGCUACUCAAGUUUCAGUCAUGGCCUUGGACAGAGAGUGGAGGACGGAUCUGCCUCCUUGGAGGAAAUGGAGGCCUUCAUCAAGCAGAACGGUGAGCCGAAUGUAACGUCAGGCAAGCAAGAAAAAUAUGAAUCCAUCUUUAAUCACUACAUAUAAUAAAAGCAUCACUCUCUUCUGUCUGCAUAUGACAUGAUAACAUUUGGCCGAAUCAGAAUCAGAACCGUUUAUUGCAGAGGUAUGUUGCACAUACAAGGAAUUUGACAUGGCGGGUGGUGCAUAAC